AACACCAGUUCCUUGUCUGGACACUACAGUGGCAAACGUCUGACUCGACCUUUCAGACGAGAGCAUACCAUCAGGUGGCGCAAAGGGAUAUGUGACGAAUUUUAAUAUUAAAGUCAUUAAUUUAUUUACUCGGCGAAGGGGAGCAACCAGCAUCAUGUUGGCAGCGGCGAUAGGUGACACAGUUCUAUUUAUCAGCUUCAUUUUACAAUAACGCGAUGGAAAUGUGCCAGUGACAGCAUCUGUAGCGCAGUCUGGGGAGAAAUUGAACUGAUUAAUGAGGCAGACGGACAGUGAUAUCCGACUCACUGAUUGCAUUUCUCUGCAAAAUCGAUUUUUUUUUUUGAUCGCACGACUGAAUAAUAUUCCUCUUGAAGAUGGAGUUUGGGCAAAGGAAGAGGAGAAGGAAGUCCCAGAGCUUUAAGCUGGUCACGGAUGAAGAUUUUGACCCUUCAUAUCUGGUGAAUUCAAGCUGCAAAGAUGCCAAUGGGGAGCCUAAUGACGCUGAUGUGCCUGAUGUAGGUUGGCUGGGAGACGAGGGCCUGGAGAUAAAAAGGCAAAUUACUGGAAUGAUGCGGCUUCUGAGUGAUAAAAGCAGCAGGGCGUACCAGCGUGUGGGAUCGGAGCAGGACAACUCCUCAAAGGACCCCCAUGACGGCCAUCAGGUCUGGGCACAUGAGCAAACGCCUUUCCCUGCUGUAUCAGAGCACGGCAACAGCUGGAACCCUGCAGGAGACCCUGGGCCUUCACCUUCAUCCACAGCCAACUCCGUCCUCAACGGCCCAGGUUGUGGCCAGUACAGCACCCGUUCCAGAACCGUGAGGGUCCUCGGCGGCCAAAAGGAUCUAAUCAAAGUUAAAGAAUCUAACGAUGUAGUCCCCCCUGCGGUGCCAGAAACACCCUGCUGUAUGUGCAACUGUAAGGGCACCUUGCAGGCUAUUUUGCAGGAACUGCGUUUUAUGAGGAGGCUGAUGCAGACUCAAAAAGCAUCCCUGGAAAGGCAGGAACAGCCUGUGUCACCAUGCCAACCUCGCCUCAUUCCGGGCCCUGCUCCCCGUCGCAGGCCCCGUAAGAGGCGGCCGAUCUAUAAAGCUGCACCACUGACUGUGUCAGCAGCCAGGAGAGCUGCUCUCAUACCUCUGGAGGCAGCAGCACUAAUAGCUGCACCCGCACAAUCCAAAAAGGGGGUUGAAGCGGAGAAAAAGCGAGAGUCAUGCUCAGCCAGCUGCCAUCACAUCUCCCCUGAGGGUUCUGUGGCACCACCUCAGAACAACCCAGUAACUGUCAACAACACUGACAGUCCAACCCUCACCCAUUUAAGGGAAGCUCCGUCAGAGUCUGAAGUGCGUCUUGCAGAGGACUAUGACGUGUUCAUAUCAAAGACCCAGCUAGACUCCAUCCUGGUCAACUAUACACGCUCUGGCAGCCUGCUUUUCCGGAAACUGGUAUGUGCCUUCUUUGACGAUGCCACCCUGGCCAACUCCUUGCCCAAUGGCAAACGAAAGAGAGGGCUUAAUGAUAACCGUAAGGGUUUGGACCAGAACAUUGUGGGGGCCAUUAAAGUGUUUACAGAGAAAUACUGCACUGAGCACAGAAUAGAGAAGUUGCCUGGGCCACGAGACUGGGUCCAGAUUCUUCAGGAUCAAAUCAAACUCGCCAGGAGGAGGCUGAAAAGAGAUGCUGCAGAAGCAGAAGAAGCCUUAAAUGGACCUUCUUCAAGUAUGAAUGCUAAGAAACACCCUGUGGUCCACCUUUGUUUUCUGUGUCUGCACCUUGUGGCUCACAUCAGCAGUAAAUCUUACAAGAUCUUCCCAUCAGCCCCCGUCUGAGCGCAUAAUGUUCUUUGCUCCUUUCUCUUUGCUGUCACAGCGCACACAAACCUGUGUCGCAGGCUCACUCAUUGGCUCAUAUGUCUUUGUCACGCUGUCGCUGUGACAUUUGACAUUCUCACACAGCUUCAUAAAAUGUCAGCUAAUUAUCUUCACACCAUGCACCAUAUCCCCCCUUGUUCACCUCUCUUUUUCACCCUUGCUGUCACAAAAGUGUUUCAGUUCCAGUCGCGUUAGCUCAGCUCCUAGACAGGCAAAUUCUUUAAAUUGAGUGCAAAGCUGCAAAAUGAAAAUUUAUGUUUUUUUUCCUUCUU